AUGGCCAACUCUCUCGAGCAGCUCAAGGCCACUGGCACGGUUGUUGUCAGUGACUCUGGUGACUUCGUCUCCAUCGGCAAGUACAAGCCGCAGGACGCCACCACCAACCCCUCCCUCAUCCUCGCCGCGACGAAGAAGGCAGAGUACGCCGCGCUCCUCGACGCUGCGGUUGCCCAGGCCAAGUCCGAGGGUGGCUCCGUCACCGAGCAGGUCGACUCUGCUCUUGACAACCUCCUCGUCCAGUUCGGCAAGAAGAUCCUCGAGAUCAUCCCCGGCAAGGUCUCCACCGAGGUCGAUGCCGCUUUCUCUUUCAGCACAAAGGCGUCCGUCGACAAGGCGCUCCACAUCAUCAAGCUCUACGAGAAGGAGGGCAUCAGCAAGGACCGUGUCCUGAUCAAGAUCGCCUCGACAUGGGAGGGUAUCAAGGCCGCCGAGAUCCUGCAGCGGGACCACGGCAUCAACUGCAACCUGACCCUCAUGUUCUCCCUUCCCCAGGCCAUCGCCGCCGCUGAGGCCGGUGCCUUCCUCAUCUCCCCCUUCGUCGGCCGUAUUCUCGACUGGUUCAAGGCUGCCAACAAGAAGGAGUACGCCAAGGAGGAGGACCCGGGUGUCGCCAGCGUCAAGAGCAUCUUCAACUACUACAAGAAGUACGGCUACAAGACCAUCGUCAUGGGCGCCUCCUUCCGUAACACCGGCGAGAUCACUGAGCUCGCUGGCUGCGACUACCUGACCAUCUCCCCCAACCUGCUCGAGGAGCUCAUGAACUCCACCGCCGCCGUCCCCAAGAAGCUCGACGCGUCCGGCGCCAGCUCGCUCGAUAUCGAGAAGAAGACUUACAUCAACGAGGAGGCCAACUUCCGCUUCGACUUCAACGAGGACCAGAUGGCCGUCGAGAAGCUCCGUGAGGGCAUCAGCAAGUUCGCGGCCGACGCCGUCACCCUCAAGGGCAUCAUCAAGGCUAAGCUCCAGUAA